CCUCAUCCGGGUGUUUACGGUUCCCGAUUGGCGACCCGUCGCCAUAUGUCUGACAUUAUUUAGCUGAACUAACAUUUGGGUUAAAACCCAUUUAUUCAUCCGUUUUCCUCUUUUGGAGAGCGGUUAACGCCUUGUGGGGCGCAACACUUCCCACGCCAAGGAAAAACGGCACUUUUCAAGGGGGCGAGGCCCCGCUUUUUGGGCACUUGUUUUUUUGCGUUAGCACAGCGUUUUUACUGAGACAUUUGAAUUGUGUCUCUGUUUUUCUCUCGGUUUGUUUGUGGUCAAGAUGUCGCCGUAAUGGGGUCUCCGCGUUUGACAGAAAUUAAUAAGGGCCUUCGUCGCCUGACCCGCAUUCGCAACGACCCGUUGUUCUCCCCGUUUAAUGCUAGAGAGCUCGGAGGAUCUUUCCCCGGAGUUCGGCGUCAAUAUGGAGAAAAACCUAAACGCCAACAACAGCAGCAGCACGAAGAUCCCGCCCCGCUCCAGCUCUACAGGCCCGACUCCUGCAGACUCUAAAGCCAAAACAGAUGGUAAGAAUAAUGGUGGCUCAAAGCGCUAUAGUCGCAAGCGUGAGCCCACUUUUGCCAAGGCUGAGAGUUUUCCGGGCCCACGCCGCUCCCAGCCACAAAAAAGCAAGAAUUUUGACAAGAGACCCCCUCAGAGAGGUGGCGGAGGGGUGCAACAGUAUGGACUGGCUGGUGGUGGGAGAAGAGAAGAGGUAGCAGAGAACCGCCGGGCAGAGUUUAGCCCGGCUCAGUUUGCUGGACCCAAAAAGAUAAGUCUGAACCACCUGCUCAACUUCACGUUCGAGCCACGAGGAGGCCAUUUUGGCUCCGGAGCUGAUGGCCACUACUGCUGGGGUCGCCGCAACAAGUGGGGUCACAAGCACAAGCCCUUCAACAAGGAGCUUUUCUUGCAGGCUAAUUGCCAGUUUGUGGUAAUUGAUGAUCAGGACUAUCAAGCCCACUUCACUGAUCCGGACACUUUGGUGGACUGGGACUGUGUGCAGCAAGUGCGCAUCUACAGUCACGAGGUGCCGUCUUGUCCGAUCUGCCUGUAUCCCCCUGUGGCGGCCCACAUCACGCGCUGCGGCCACAUCUACUGUUGGCCAUGCAUGCUGCACUACCUCUCUCUGAGCGAGAAGAGUUGGUCCAAGUGCCCCAUUUGCUAUGAGGCCGUGCACAGCGCUGAUCUCAAGAGUGUGGUUGCAAUGGAGACGCGUCAGUACGUGACCGGUAAUGUCAUCACUAUGCAUCUGAUGCGGAGAGAGAAAGGAUCGCUGGUGGCUCUUCCCAGCUGUCAGUGGGUGAAGGUGGAAGAGCCCAUUCAUUUUGGAGAUGUGCAUUUGCGCGCAUACUCUAAGCUGCUGUUGGCGUCUCAGGAGCAGGUUUUGGGUUUGCUGAGUGAAGAGAGGGUGGCUCUCCAAACCCAGCUCAGCCAAGAGAAAGACGACCCGCAGGCCUGUUUCAUACAGAGCGCCUUGCUGCAGCUGCAGGAGCGUGAGGAGCGUCUUUUGAAGGGAGGCUGUAAAAAUGGUGGUUCUGUUGAUGGGGCGGACAUGAGGAAACUGUCUGUAUCUGAGCACUCCUCUCCAGAGGUGACCGUGGUCAAGAACCUCACAAAUUCAAAGCCCAUCCUGCAGUAUGCUUCAGCAUUUGAUGAUGAGCUUCAGAAGGUUCAUGAGGAGCCUGUGGAAGAGAUGGCUGCUCAGAGUAUUCCUGAGGUGGCUGAAGAGAUGCCUGAAAGAGCUGUGGAGGACAGACCUCUAGAAGAGACCACUCAGACCAGUCAGGCCUCUCAUCAUGGCCCAUAUUACUACUUCUAUCAAGCUGAGGAUGGUCAGCAGAUGUUUCUGCACCCAGUGAACGUGCGCUGUCUGCUGAGAGAGUACGGGAGCCUGGAGAACAGCCCUCAGUCUAUCACCGCUACCGUAGUGGAGAUUGAUGGACAGACUGUCACCGAGGAUAUUCGCCGUCGACAUCGUUACCUCUCUCACCUGCCGCUCACCUGUGAGUUCAGUCUGUGUGAGCUCAAACUUGAGCCACCCAUUCUCUCAAAAGAGACCGUGGACAGCUUUGCAGAUGACUUGGAGAAACGGAAGCGCCAUAGACAGAAGAAAGCAAGGGAUGAAAAGAGAAGGGAGAAGAGGAUCGAAAUUGAGGAAAACAGGAAACACGGGAAAUAUCCAGAGGUGCACAUUGGGCUGGAGAACCUCCAGCAUUUUCCUGCUUUUGGAUCUCCACCUCAGAGCGGCUCACAGGUGCAGCUCCCAGAGUUCCUGCUGGGACCUCUGUCUCCUCUGAGCAGCAGCCCUUCAUCAGAUGGAGUGAUGUUUCCUAAUCUGAGUGAGCACAGUCCAUCUCCGAGCGUAGCCAGUGUGGAAGAGGACUUUCACUGCAUGUCCUUCGCUCAGAUGCUGAAAGAUGGGAAAGCCCGUGUGGAUGCCGGGCCUAAAACCACCCCAAAGAAAGCUGACAUGUUCCUGGCCCCUCCUGAGGCAGACUGUGAUGGAGAGAGUGAUGGCUCUGAUCGGGUCCCAGUACCCAGUUUCCAAAACUCCUUCAGUCAGGCCUUUGAGCAGGCUUUGUCACAGCUGGACCAUGGAAGUCAAACUCCAGCACAGGUUCUACCCAUCCCUGAUGAGAAAGGGGGUAAGAAGAAGAAGAAAAAGCAGAAGCUUCUGUUCAGCACCUCUAUGGUUCACACCAAGUAAACGCUGAAGCCCACCCUUCACUCCUGUUUUUCUACCUUCUGCCUUAUUCCUCCCAUAUGCUUAGGUUUCAUUAGGUCCCUCAACAGCAGUUUCCCCUUCUUUUUUUCUUGCCCCUGUUGAAUGAGACCCUCUCCAGACGUUCAGUGACCUGCAGGAAGUUCAGUAGCUCAGUGAUUGUACAAACCAUAGACUCAGUAUUAUAGAUCAGACCCACAGUUGUCCAGUGUUUCUUAAAGAAGGGACAUGUGCUGAAAUUAAAGAGCUCUACAUCAGGUACAUUUGACACGGCGCUGUAGUUUAGAGCUGAUGCUCCAUUAUUAUCCAAAAUGUGGGUGGAAAAAAAUGACAUGGUUUUUGGUUAUGGGUUGCAGUUAUAUAUUUUGGGGGGUCCUGAGAUAGCAGUCAGCCAGCUGCAGAAAUGUCCCUCCAUCAUGUCUAACACAUUUGUACUUCAACCAAGGUGUUUAAAAAUAAAUAAAAUUAAAUUUAGCAUUGCUAACAGCAGAAAAAAUGUGAAGAACUUGUGGUGAGGAUUAUAUGCAUUUGAGUUCUUCUUCCUGUCAGGCACAUACACACAGAACUAUGCUGAUUGUAACACGUUCUUGCUUGUUAAUAAGCAGGAAGAAAAACGUGUGGUGGCAUUUAAACAAACCAGUUCUGAGCUCUAGUCAUGGACUUCAGUCUCUUACCAGCUGUUAUCAUCUGUCCAGCCUAAGAACUGCCUUUCACAAUCAGACCCAUUAAUAAUACGUAAAAAGACAUCAUUGUUCUGCUGGAAGAAUUUAGUGGGUCUUUUAAGCACUUGACUUUGUUAGACCCUCCAACUCUUAGACAGGAUUCAGAGCUGCUCAUGUUCAAUAGUGUUCAGAUGUUAGAGGCAUCAGAGACCAGCCGACUCCACUGCUUGCUACGUUUUCAGUGAAGAAAAUAUGUAAAGACCGAGAAAGGCUAUAUCAGGGGUGCCCAAACUCGGUCCUGGAGGGCCGGUGUCCUGAAGAGUUUAGCUCCAACCCCA